UAACAGGAAGUAAGCGGACCAGUGUGUGAAAGUGAGUUGAAACCAGUCAAAACAAACACGCGAUACCGUCCCGAGUUUUCCUUUAUCACGAUGGAUGGUGUGCAGACUACUCUGCGGUGUUUUAGGGAGUGUCACUCCUCUGAAAUGUUCACGGAUGACGGGUUGGGAACCGUGACUUCACGGGAACAGAAAAAAGUAGAGCGCAGCAUUGAAGAAGUGAUCAACGUUUACAAGCAAAUCCACAGCAUACCUCAGCCAACCUUGCUGCGGGAACAACACUACCAGUAUCUCAAGAAGGGCUUACGGCAUUUAUCAGACUCUUACGAGUGUCUGGACGCAAGCAGACCUUGGCUUUGCUUCUGGAUUCUUCACAGUCUGGAGUUACUCGACGAGCCUGUUCCUGCCGCCGUGGCCUCGGAUGUGUGUCAGUUCCUGGCCCGAUGUCAGAGCCCAACGGGAGGCUUCGGCGGCGGACCCUCACAGCACGCCCACCUGGCGCCCACCUAUGCCGCCGUCAACGCCCUCUGCAUCAUCGGCACAGAGGAAGCUUACAACGUCAUCGACAGGGAGAAGUUGUUAGAUUUCCUCUGGUCGGUGAAGCAGCCAGAUGGCUCAUUUGUGAUGCACGUGGGAGGGGAGGUGGAUGUCAGGAGUGCGUAUUGUGCAGCCUCCGUAGCGUCGCUCACCAACAUCCUCACACCCAAACUGUUUGAGGACACCACUAACUGGAUCCUCAGUUGUCAGAACUGGGAGGGCGGUCUCAGCGGGGUGCCGGGUCUGGAGGCCCACGGUGGCUACACGUUCUGUGGCACCGCCGCUCUGGUCAUUCUGGGGAAAGAGCACAUGCUGGAUCUCAAAGCCUUACUGAGGUGGGUGGUCAGCAGACAAAUGCGUUUUGAAGGGGGCUUCCAGGGCCGAUGUAACAAACUGGUGGACGGCUGCUACUCCUACUGGCAGGCCGGACUCCUGCCGCUCCUCCACAGGGCCUUCUUCAAAGAAGGGGAGUCAGAGCUGAGUCGACACAAGUGGAUGUUUGAGCAGCAAGCCUUGCAGGAGUACAUCCUCCUCUGCUGCCAGAACCCAACCGGGGGGCUGCUAGAUAAGCCUGGCAAAUCCAGAGACUUUUACCACACGUGCUACUGCCUGAGCGGCCUUUCCAUAGCGCAGCAUUUCGGGAACACGGACAGCCAUCACGAGAGCGUCCUCGGCAAGGAGCAGAACAGAUUGGUUCCAACUCAUCCCGUUUACAACAUCUGUCCAGAGAAGGUGGCUCAGGCCUUGCAGCAUUUCCUCCGGCUGCCUGUCCCGACGGAAAAAUCCUCAGCUGACCGUCGGUGCUAGUUUAUAGUUGUACAGCGGUGCGGGAAAACGACUGGAAGCAGCAAAAAGGAUUUCUCGCUCUUAAUGCCUUUUGUCACCACUCUGAAAUCAAAUGUUUCAGUAUGGCCGAGGUUAAUAAAUCUUUGUAUUGCACCAAA